AUGAUGUUAAGAUAUGCUGUAUUGCGGUGCAUCAAAUCAAUUGUAAGGCGUUGCAACUUCUUCGCCAACCAGGUGCUGAGGGUCCUGCAAUCCAUAAAUGCACGGAAAUUACUACGCUCUGAAAUGGUUUUUGGACGUCAUGGUUGUGAAAUGGUAGGUGAGUCGGGUUAUCAACUUAGGAAUUUGCCAAACAACCGCUCUAAGCGUAACGUAGGUAUCGACUGUGACUCCAAUACCUGUGUGCGUCAAGCUAAGCGUCCACGGCGAUCUGACUCGACCUCAUCGCAUAAAGAGAACAAUGGCCUCUGUUCGGCACCGAAAAACAGUUCCCCAUCUAGGUCUAGAGUACUUCCAUUAAGGAGCAUCCAUCCAAUGAAUACAAUAAAUGAAUCCACAAAUGUCUCAACUCUUGUUCGAAGACUUAAAGUACCUGGAGAUUCAAGUGAAACUACUACCCGGCUAACACGUUCGUGUAGUGUCAAAACAAGUCCAGUUGCCAUCCAAAAACGUACUUUGCGAAGCAGUCACCGACGCAGCAUUCCAACUAUUCCGAAUGCCAUAUUACAGGUUAGGCUGGAACGUUUCCCAGUUCAGUCUUGUUCUUGUAUACAGUCUGACUCAGUCGUCGGUUCGUGUAGUAGCAGUUUGGUGGAUGGAUCACAGACAGAAACAAAAGCUUCAAGAGAGUUGCUACCCUUGUUCUCUCCAAGAAGGUUUAGUUCAGUUGGAAAAGAUCAGGCAGCUAAGCUAAAGCGAUUAAACAGAAGGCGCAUGGAGUUCGACGUUCAAGAAUUAGGCCAAUCUUUUGGCUGCGAUCUUUCUCCUGCAUCCUCCGAUUCACUACUUAAUCAAUCUGUAGUGGGUGAUCCCCUGGAAAAGUUAUUGCGGUUAUGCGGCCAAACUGAGAUCAAGUCAUUCGAUGAAUAUUUUGACCACACAAUAAUUGAAAGUAUGGUGAAAAUUGGCGAGGGUGUAUAUGGUGAAGUAUUUCAGUCACCGAAAGGCAAUGUGGUCAAAAUCUUCCCUGUGGAUGGAGAAAAUCUUGUCAAUGGUGAAAAGCAAAUGAAAUUUGGAGAAGUUUAUCCUGAAGUGUUCGUAUCGCAGAAGUUAAGUGAGCUUGCAUACAAGUAUCGACGUAACCGGUCAGUCAAUUUUGCUCAGCUAAAGAAAGCAACUGUUGUUCGAGGAAAACUACCUAAGGCUUUAGCUUCAAACAACGAAUGUCUGGACUUCUUACCUGCUGAACAACAAUGGAUGGUUUUAGAGUCUGAAUUUGCUGGAGAACCACUUUCCAAUGUACGGUUCAACACUUGUCGUGAAGCUCGUUCUGUGAUUGAACAGAUAGCAUUGUCUUUGGCUGCCGCUGAAUCUGCUCUUCAAUUUGAACAUAGAGACUUACAUUGGCAUAAUGUAUUGGUCCGACCUACUAGACAAUGGAAACUGCGCUAUCGUGUUGGGGGAGUGAGUUAUGCCGUUUUCACUGAAGGAAUACAAGUUACAAUAAUUGAUUUCACAGUAUCCCGUCUUUGUCAUGAAGGCAACAUUGUUUACGUUGAUAUGUCAGAGUCACCAGAAAUUUUUGAGUGUGAAGGGGAUUAUCAAUUUGACAUUUACCGUAUAAUGCGCAAAAACAAUGGAAAUGAUUGGCGCCCCUUUCAUCCAAGUUCCAAUCUUUAUUGGCUUCAUUAUCUUAUGGGAAAACUUUUAAACGAAACAUCUUAUCCCAGACGUGAUCCUGAUUCUCAACCUGUGGAAUCUGAACUGCGCGCAUUAUAUGACAUGAUACUAGCAGGUGAUUAUAAUUCUGCCACACAACUUGUGAGCUCAAGUUUCUACUUCGAUGCUUGUCGAAUCGGUUAA